CAAAAACAAUGAAGAAAAUCAUAACGAGUGGCACGAACGAUAAUCGGAAUAUUUUCCUGUCUAAGACCACCGAAUUUGACAAACACAAUGUGGACGAGACCACGAAUGUGCCGCUCGGACAGCGCCAAUACGGCUUCAUCAAGGCCAACAAGGCGAGCACACCGUUUCCCUCCACCCACACGCUGGACCCCAACCUGUUGGACAACAAGCUGAAGAGAAUCCAGUACAAAGCAAAGCAGAGUCUACGUGAUACGGCCUUCGAUUCGGACACAUCGUCCGCGGAGUCGGACACUGUUGAAAAGCAAUUGCAAUACAAUGCAACUGAUUCUCUGGCUGCCAAGGAGAUGCCCUUCGAGCUGAAGAGGAAGCUCUUCGACGAGGCCGAGUUCACCGUGACACGGGGCCAGAAGCUGAGCGAUCUGCACCAUCCUGAAAUAGACGUCUCGAACAUCCAAAAGUCCUUUAACUACGAGGCGAAGAAGCUUUCCUACAAGGAGAUGGAGGCCUUCUGCCGCCACAUGAACUUUAAGAUAACCAAAGGCUUUGAUGCAGCGCUGCAUUAAAAUAGUCUGUUCUGUUUUGUUUAGUCUACAUUCGGCAUUCCCAAUAAAAACUCGUUUGCCUGUCCCUGA